ACACACAAAGCGGAAAAACUUAAAACAAAAGAUAACCUUUUUUCCGCGUUGCUUUAACUGCGUAUUUGAAUGAAAAUUGAACAAGCCGAUUUAAUUGUCCUUCAGAUCACAGGCACUGAGACCAAUAUUUCGCUGAAGCGAUGAGAUCCUUUCUUCUCGUAGUUUGCUGCAUUUUGGCUUUAAGCUGCAGUAAUUUAUCGGCUCUGGGAAAACAAGUAAGCGAUGAAGAUCACAGGCACUGAGACCAAUAUUUCGCUGAAGCGAUGAGAUCCUUUCUUCUCGUAGUUUGCUGCAUUUUGGCUUUAAGCUGCAGUAAUUUAUCGGCUCUGGGAAAACAAGUAAGCGAUGAAGAUCACAGGCACUGAGACCAAUAUUUCGCUGAAGCGAUGAGAUCCUUUCUUCUCGUAGUUUGCUGCAUUUUGGCUUUAAGCUGCAGUAAUUUAUCGGCUCUGGGAAAACAAGUAAGCGAUGAAGAAGCCAACCCGUGUAAAACCGGGCUUUAUCAAGACCUCUUCGAGUACGACAGAGCUGCUGGUUUUGAGACCUUAGGCAAACCGCAAUCCGACAAAAACAUUUUGGACCGUGCAGUGGGAUGGUAUCGCUUCACUGGCAAGGCUGGUACUCACAUGGCUACACAGUGUGUUCCCUUGAAGCAUUGCGGCACUGAAGCUACUGGCUGGAUCAAUGGCCCUCGUCCCUCUAAAGAGGAUGGCGUCGUGAAUCGCACGGUGUGUUUUCACUGGGGAGGGGAAUGCUGCUUUUGGAAGACCACAGUGAAAGUAAGAAAUUGUGGUGGAUUUUAUCUGUACUAUCUGAGAAGAGAACCUUUUGGAGUGUACAAGAAUUUCCGUUACUGUGGCAAUAACGAAGCUAUUACUAUUGAUCCAUGUGACAAGCGCUUUUACAAAGUAUUAAACGAUGCUGAUCGAGCUGCAGGGUUUGUGACAGGUAGCUCCACCUUGUGUGACCGAACAUCAAAGAAUAGAGUGAUAUAUGACAGUUGGUAUCGCUUCAAUGGGUCUGCAGGUGUUGCCAUGCCAACCGGCUGUGUCGAUACAAUGCGAUGUGGGGCCAAGGCUCCUGGAUGGCUGUACGAUGGCCACCCAAGAGAAGUUGAAGGGGUGGUUCAUCGAUCUGUCUGCUUCCACUUGAAUGAUAAGUGCUGUUUCUACAAAACGGAUAUCCAAGUCAAGAACUGUCGUAGCUUUUAUGUUUACAAGUUUCAUAAACCGCCAGCAAAAAAUCUGCGGUAUUGCGGCAACGGUACAAGCAACAAUACUGAACUAUCACCUCACGAUACGUGCAAACGAAAACAAAAAGAAGAACGAGACAAUCCCUGUUUGUCCGGUGAUUAUGUCACACUAUCAGAGCGUACCCGCGCUGCGGGAUAUCUAACCCCCAAAGGACAUGCACAGUGUGACCGAACAGACUUAGAUGAUGAAGAAGGCUGGUAUCGAUUCAGUGGUAAAGCAGGUUCAAGGAUGGCUAAGAGAUGUGUUCCUGUCAGACGGUGUGGUACAAACGCCCCUGGUUGGCUGAAUGGUUCUCAUCCAUCUGAAGGUGAAGGUGUGGUCAACAGAACCGUGUGCUUUAACUGGAAGGACGACUGUUGUCAUUGGAAGACUGAAGUCAAAGUUCGCAACUGUGUUGGUUUCUACCUUUACUAUCUGAAGCGAGACCCAUGGGGAGGCUGCAGCUAUCGCUACUGUGGCAAUGGCAAAGGACCCACGAAACCACCGCCAACACAAGUGUCAACAGCCGAAACAACGGGAAUGACAGGAACCACUGAAUCUGUGUCAACGGCCGAAACAAUGGGAAUGACAGGAACCACUGAACCUGAAACAAAAACCCCACCAACCUCUGUUCCUCCACUUCGUGAAGAGGUCAAUGUCACGUGCCUUCAGAACGAAAUGUACAUCAGUAUUCCUAGGUAUCUUCUUCACGGCCUCGACGUGGAACAUAUUCGUCUUAGUGAUGUAAGCUGUGGAGCCACAGAGACCCCAACCCAUUUUAUUCUCCACACUAGUCUGACGGAAUGCCACACAAAGAGCAGGCACACCGAGAAGUUCAUUUCCUACUCGAACAAGGUGGAGGAAAUUCCCCUGGAAGAGGGUCAGAUUAUCACUCGUGUGCGUGAAGUAGAAAUCCCCUUCACUUGUUACUAUUCAAACAUGGGAGUCGUGUCCGCUGUUGGUCUCGAAGUUAGAAGCAAGAAGAUCAUUUUCUCCAAGAAAGGAUAUGGAGAAUUUGUACUGGAAAUGAAGAUUUUUCCAGAUGACAAGUUCCUUGGCUACUACAAAAAGAACGAUUUCCCAGUUGAAGUGAAACUGAGGCAAGAGCUCUACGUAGAAGUCAGCGUGGAUACAGACGAUAGCAGGCUCGAGAUUCUGGCAGAGGAGUGUUUUGCUACACCUGACCCUGAUCCCAAUAAUGACGUCUUGAGAUACACAUUCAUCAAAGAUGGAUGUGCAAUAGAUGACACCGUGGAGUUCAUUCCAACAGUUGACGAAAGGAUUCAGCGGUAUAAAGUGGAAGCGUUCAGUUUCGUGGGUGAUCACCCGUUUGUGUACAUGCACUGCAAGGUCAAGAUAUGUAACGCAACAGAUCCUAACUCACGCUGCGCGCAGGGAUGUCUGCAUGACCGACGUAAGAGGUCGCUGUAUGCUCAAGAGUCAAAUGACGAGGAGUAUAAUUUGGCCCAGGGACCAUUCAUGCUACAGGAGGAAGAUAUUAAUGAAGCAAAUCUGCAAGAAACUGUUGAUGGAUUGCACAGUCUGGAUAUUACAGAUCAGAAGAGCAGUCCUUUGAUCGUGGCUUCCAUCAUGACGGGCACCAUAUGUCUUAUGGCAAUGUCGUACGUGGCUUGGUCCAAGAAAACAGGCGCGCGUGCUCGGGGCUAUCUACCACUAGCACUAUCUCAAACAAAAAUAGACUAGACUUCGUACCUUCACCUUGUUUGUUUGUUUUUUUCAAUUAAGUAGUUCUAUUUAGUAGCUGCAUUGCACAUUAUUUAGCUGUUUGACUCACGACUAAUUUUGUUUAGUAUCAUCCAACUAGUGGACUAACGCAAAUCCUACAUUUUAAUUGGCUACGCUAUUAGAGGACUAUUAGUAAUAGUCCUCGAG